GGCCGGCUGCGGGGGGGCGGGUGGGGGGGCCGGCAGAUGAAGAUGGCAAUGUCUGUGAUCCAAGCGUGCCGCAGCCUGGCUCUCUCAACAUGGCUGCUGUCCUUUUGUUUCGUGCAUCUGCUGUGCCUGGACUUCACCGUGGCCGAGAAGGAGGAGUGGUACACGGCCUUCGUCAACAUCACCUACGCCGACCCGGCGGGCGGCAGCGCCGAGCUCCGCAGCGAGAAGAGCGAGUGCGGGCGCUACGGCGACCAGUCGCCCAAGCAGGACGCCCGCGGGCAGGUGGCCCUCUCCGCCUCGCCCGCCGACCGCUACGCCUGCGACCCCGGCACCCGCUUCAAUGCCCCCGCGCCGGGCAAGAGCUGGGUGGCCCUCAUCCCGCGGGGCAACUGCACCUACAAGGACAAGAUUCGCCACGCCGCCGCCCAGAACGCCUCGGCCGUCGUCAUCUACAACGUGGGCUCCAGCAACGCCAACGAGACCAUCACCAUGCCCUACGCAGGCCUAGAUGAUGUUGUAGCAAUAAUGAUUCCUGAACCCAAAGGAAAAGAGAUUGUGAGCCUCCUGGAGAGGAACAUCACUGUGAUGAUGUACAUAACCAUUGGGACACGCAACUUGCAGAAGUACGUCAGCCGGACCUCCGUGGUGUUCGUCUCCAUCUCCUUCAUUGUGCUGAUGAUCAUUUCACUGGCAUGGCUGGUCUUCUAUUACAUCCAGCGAUUCCGCUACGCAAAUGCCAGAGACAGAAAUCAGCGCCGGCUUGGAGAUGCUGCAAAGAAAGCAAUCAGCAAGCUGCAAGUCAGAACAAUCAGGAAAGGUGAUAAGGAAACUGAGCCAGACUUUGAUAACUGUGCUGUUUGUAUUGAAGGCUACAAACCCAAUGAUGUUGUCAGAAUUUUACCUUGCAGGCAUCUUUUUCACAAGUCCUGCGUAGACCCCUGGCUGCUAGACCAUCGUACCUGCCCUAUGUGUAAAAUGAAUAUUUUAAAAGCUCUAGGGAUCCCGCCAAACGCGGAUUGCAUGGAUGAUAUACCUCCGGACUUGGAAGCAUCCAUAGGAGGACCUCCAACCAACCAGAUAACAGGAGCCAGUGAUACGACAGUGAACGAGAGCUCCGUAGCUCUGGAUCCCCCGGUGCGGACUGUGGGAGUGCUACAAGUCAUCCAAGAUAUAGACUCCUUUCCCCAGGCUGGGGAGGGUAACUUCACAACAAGCAAUGAACAGGAGCCAGCAGUCAGCAGUGAUUCAGAUAUUUCAUUGAUUAUGGCAAUGGAGGUUGGACUCUCCGAUGUGGAGCUUUCCACUGAUCAAGACUGCGAAGAGGUGAAGUCUUGAAAAACAAACAGAGCUCCGACACUAAACUGCAGGGGAGGGUCACAGGGAGGGACCGAGUCAGCUUUCUAUGAUUUGGACCAGUCAUGCACAUGCCUCCAGAGCACUGUCACUCCUGCACACUCCAUUCUGAGAUGGUCACGAAAAGCAAUAGCAACAGUUGUGUCUGCCUGGAUGCAGUUCCAUCAUCUUACAUACGUUUGGUUUGUUCACAUGGGAGAUGAACACUUCCAGUUUACCCACGUGCUUGAGAGCAGUCAUGUAACUCUUCAUGGCUCAUAAAUACACAACUGAAAUGACAGCUUGAGUGUUUUCUACACUUGUUCGAUCGUGUUUUUGUUUCCCCCUUUUUUUUUUUUUGAAAAGACGGAUGUUUGUUACAUUUGAUUGUUUAUAGUUUGUUAUGGAUAGACACGCUAUUUUUGUUGACUAUUUUUGUUGACUGAUGCCCAGCUUUUUCAAGAGUUCAAUCCAGAAACCUGAAUCUCUGUUCAUUGGUUACUUCGUGAUCCAGCUCCGGGAUGUAUCACUGCCUGUUGCUUCUUAAUGAAGUACACAGGGCUUCAGAAGGAUGGUGCACCAGCACCCUGUAAUAAUGUGAAGCCUGCUUUCAUUAAGUGGGGCCUUGGAAACUGUGUAUUCUGAAGGCCUUUAUUUGUAAGAGAGCUCUGAAUUAAAAAAGAUUGCAGAGAUUUGCUUUAAAACAGCAUUAUGUUGACUUUUAUGUAGAGCUCUAUUUGAGACAAGUAUGGUACAGUGUUGAGGGAAAGAAAAGCAUUAAGCUUCACCCGGUCCUUGUGAUCCUUUGCUAGAUGUAUGCUAUCAGUAGUGGUCAGAACAGUGACAGCCUUUCUUCAAGUUACAGGGCUAUAGCUGGAAAAGAUCGAGUGUAAUAUUGCAUCUUUGCUUAACUUUACAGACCAGAUCUGACCAGUAGGCUGAAAGAGUCUGAGGGAUUUCCAGAGGGUGCUUGUUAAUAGCUGUGCAUUAUGCGGACAAAAAAACUGUUCUUAGAUGGGAUCUGGAGAUGCUGAUGUUGGUGUCAGGAAUUGUUAAUGAAGCAGGAGGCAGCUGGAUGAAAUGUUUACUUACCGCUUUGUGUUUUUGUUUUUGUUUUUUCUUUCUGUGUUUCUCCUCUUUUUUUCCUUUUUUUUUUUUAACUGCAGUUUUUGCCAGCUUGUUACCCAGCACAAGAGUUCAGGUGGUUCAUUGCCCUCCAGAGUCCCUGUUAACACUGCUGCAAGCAUAACGGAAUACUUGCAAUUUAUAUAAGUAUAUAUACCAAAACACUUUGGGUAGGGAGGAAGGAGUUUGUAAAUAAGGAGAAGUAACACAAAUCAGAAUGUCUAAAUAAUGACCUGUGAUUAUUGUUAGUCCAUACUGAGUUAUGCUUUCCAGGAAAAAAGCUUAUUUUUACUUGUUCAACCUAUGAUUUCAUUUUUCAAAAUAUUCAUCUGUGAAAAAGCACUCUUAGUUAACUGUUCUACAAGAGUAAAUGCUUUCUGUUGACAGUCAGAUGAUUUGAAUCACAUUACUGGCACCCGAGUAGGUCAGCAGAAUCAAUGAUUUGUCUUAUAUCGAAAUUUCAUGGAGAGGUCAGACAUCUUCACUUGUGUCACAGCAGCAUCUCAAAACGCCACUGUUAGCAGUCUUGCUAUAUUUAAUCUUCCUUAUGGAUUUAUUUAUUAGCUGUGGAAAACAGCUCCCACCCAAAAUUCAUUUUAUCAGAUCUUAUUCAGGAACAAAUGUGGUUAGAACUAUCCCUAAAAUUUUGGACAACUUGCUUUUUUUAUUACAGGAAGAAGGAAGAAUUAUCCUCCAUACUUUUGGUUCAGUUCAUUUUAUAGCUUAUUUUUUGUGAUGUUCUUAGUCCUAAAUUGGAGGGUAUCUUUGAGGCUUCAAAACCAUGAUCCAGACAUGUGCCAUUACAUUUUUAUAUGACAUUCAAAAGAACAUCUCUUUUUAAUUAGAGAUGCAAGCAGUUGGAAAUCUGUUUGUUGUAAAAAGGAAGUUAGAGACUGUUCUGCAGGGCGCGGCUGAGUCACUCUUGCCAAUAGUUGUGGUUCUGUUAUCACAUUUUCCUUAUUCUUUAAUACCUCCUCUGUUCCCUGCCACUCUGGGAAAGGCCCACGCUGUCAGGGGAACCGAUGCUGAAAUUUACCCCUUCACAAGAGUUCACACAAGGUACCAAUCACAUCAGCUCCACUUAAGCUCUGGUAGUAAUGCUGAAGUACAAUUUAAGUGGUGCUUAUACCUCAUACUGGCCCUUCACACAGGAGUGAAAUUCAUCGUGAGUGACUUCAGGGGAAAGAGAAGCUGGUUAUGUACCCAGUCAGGUCUCCCUAUCAAAGAGCACACACCGGUACAGUUUCUUCCCUAGCGCUGGAGCCUGGGUGCUACAUGUCACAGGAACAUCACGAACACGAUGUCCAAGUUGUCAGUGAUCCUCUAACAUCUGCCCGCGACUCCCAGCACACAAACAGAACUUCUGGCUGAUUCAUUUGGGUUUCAGAGGACCUGUCACAAAGACUUCUUUUUAUUUUACAAGCUGAAUUAACUUAAUGGACAAACUGACCAAUUGUCUGUUGCUGUAAUGGAGUCCCCCACAGCACAGCAGAGCAAGCGAGGUCUGUGUUUGCACAAUAGGCUGGGGGGAAAAAAAAAAAAAAAAAAAAAAGGAGGUGAUGCUGAAGUGGGUCAUUUGCAGGCAAAAUCCUUAAAGGGAGAUGUGCUCAAUGGGACAACACACAGACUGUAUCUGAGACCCUGCCCAUGCUGCUAGAAGCUGGGAAAGGGUUUUGGAGAGGGAACACACUUUGCAUGCUCUUUCUCUAAGUAUCCCAUCCUAGAUCUGGUCCUUCAGGGGCCAAGGCUGGCCACCAUCAGGGACAGGGUGCUAGGCUGGGUGAGAUGAUUUUGUGCACCACCAUAUAGUCUUUCAGAAGAAUCAUCCUAGCAAAUCUGGGUCAGGAGACUUUAAGCUUUUGUUUUCCAAUUUCUGCAGUUUUGCUCAGGAAAGAUGUUUCUCCGUCUCUCUCUUCAGGUGCUGUGUAGCUCUGAGCGCUGUUACGUGAUAACAAGUGCAAGGCCAGGUUACACAGCACUGAAGGCAGAACUUAGGAAAGCACUUAAGUAAAUGUUUUAAUCCGUCCUCAUUCAGAAAAGCACUUAAGGCUAAUUAAUGUUGGACUUGCUCUGAAAUUACAUUAUUUUCAACAGGUCUUCUAUAGCAUAUUUAAGACUCUGGGUCAAAUGGAAAUGUUUUCCUCAGCAGGUCCUGGCUCAAAUGUCCUUUGUAUAUAUAACCUGUGAAAUGCCUUGGCAAUUUGAGGUGCUUCAUAAAUAUUAAGACCCCAGAGGUAUGUUUGUAACACAUGUGAAAGCCUUCAUUCUGUAGAUCCUCAUGCCCAUGCACAGUUUUGCCUAUGUGAAUCUCUCCCCUGUAAUUCCUCACAGGGUAAAACUAAAUCUCCUCAUGGGCUGGUUUGGGCGUGAUCAGUCCCUUCCUGAGCGUUUUGUGAUUCCUCGGUACUGCUGCCCACCACACCAGGGCUCUGGCAUUAAAUAGUUGGGAUUCGUAUGCUGGGGGCAUGGCACUGCCUGCUCAGAACAGAGAGCAGCCUCUAGACUGCAGGCAGGAGGGAAAAAAAUAAUAAUAAUAAAAAAGUGCUCAGGUGUGUUAUUCUGCACACUCGCUCCGUGGUGUGGAUGGCUUUGCUGCAGCAGCCGCUGCCUGGACAGCACAGCUGGGACGGGGGGCCACAUCCUGCACAGGGCUGGUGGCCAGAAGGCAGCACAGCUCUGAAAAAACGUUCUUGUCACUAGGCUCAUCUUGUGUCUCUGUAAACUUCCUGUUCCUAUGACUCUGAGGCUCUUUUCUCUUAUUUCCCAUUGGCAAGCACAGUAUGGGAAAAGCGUUCGCCAGCUUGUCUUCACUCUGGCUGGGUUGCAGGAGGAAACCUGGACAGGCAGAGCCCAUGCUCUGAGUUCCCUUUGGUUUUCACGGGUUUCACUGAACUGCUUCCCCAAAGGCCCAUUCAAUAGGCAGAAGGAUGUAAGAAGUUGCAUGGGCAGAGUUUUGUGCUCAGAACCAACCUAAUUCAUGCGUGUGGAUGUGCAAGGCACCAGCUCUGCCACAUCCCUUCCUCAGCUCACCCAUUCUGCUGCAGGAACAGGUCUGGCACUGAGUGUUUUAGGCUGAGUGUUUUAGGUUUGUUUUUUUCCCAACUGCUUCAGAACUUCAAAAACAGGACAGGGACAAUGGUAGUGCUGCAGUCUGUUCUUUAAGCAGUCUAUAGAAUUAAAAUUCCACAUACGCAUAUACAAGUACAUUGAUACAGCUAUGGAAACUGCAUUGUAGUGAAAACAGAAGCUGCUGCCAUUUUUAGAGUGUUUCCAUAUGUGAGAGAACCUGGCAAUAAAGAAAAAGGCUUUAUAGAAGCAACUUGGAAAAAAAUGUUGAGAUCACAUACUAUGAGAGGUCCCUAGGAUCUCACUGCUUUAAUUUAAUGACGUCUGGGUCAUUUCCAGAAGAUGCUGUUGCAAGAAAGUCCAUACUUUGUCUCUUGUUGAAUGACCAGUUUGUGAUAUGUUCUUACUUUGUUAACAAAAUGAACCCAAGCAGUGGAGACAGAUCUAGCUCAGAAUUCAGUGUUUCACAAGGAAUAUGCAUUUUGUGAUCCGAAGUCUUUGUUGUUGCACCUGUUUAUCCACCCUCUUUUCCCCUUUGCUAAAUAAAAAGAAACGCUUGUCCAACUUGAAAAAUGUUGAGCUCAGAAGAUGUUUGCAUGCAGAAGGAUUGCCAUGGCAGGUAUCUGCAGAUCACUUAACACCUCUACGUGCUUUUAGUCAUCAGUACACAGUGACAGAUUUUCUGUAAAACAUGUUAUAUUUCCCAUUCUGGUUAAACCUGGAGUGCAGUCAUCAUAUAAAUUUUCCAGUUUUUUGCCUUACAAACGUUUUCCUUUGAAUGUAUGCUGCAGCCCCUCGAGGGCAUUCAGUGAUUAAUGGGCAAAGAUCAGGGCACGAGCUCUCAUGGAUAAUCUCAAGGCUGCAAGCCCUUGUUGUGACGAUUGGUCUGUACUGAAACGAUGACACAGGUUAUGUUCAGCAGUGGGAGAUGCCUUUCAGCAUGGGCAGCAGGCAGCUCCCAGGCUGUGUUUGUAAGAGGCUUGUUCCUUCUUGGUCGUUGUCCAUAGAAAACUGAUGAGCAUAUAGUGUGAAAUAAGCCAGGAGUGUGAGUUUACAGUCUGUGCAAACCAAGAAAACCGAUAGUCAUUUAUGGCCUUCUAUUUCACUAGCAAUAAUGAAGAUUUUUUUUUUACCCAUUGUUCUUGUAGAGCCCAGUUGUAGGGUGAAAGCUACUGGUCUGCUAGAGCUGUGGGCCAGGACGAGUCCAAAUACAAGCAGGAGGACUUGGUUUGCUCUUGUGAUGCAUCUGUUUUGCAGGACUGAAGCAGCAGAGAAAUCCAGCCUAUUUCUUGCCAGCCCCAGGCACGAAGGAUCGCGAUAACAUGAGCCUUGGCUGCAGGGAAGGGAAACACUGGGAUCAAACUAAGGCCACGCAGCUCCUUCCCUCAUGCCUCUCCCUCCGGUUGCUUCACACCAACCUCAUGUAGCGCCCAGCCGGAGGGAGGCAGCCAUGGUGCAGAGGGGCAGUGCCUUCGGGUGCACCCCAUGCAUCGCCCUGGUAGCAUGGAAGGCCUCACGGAUAAAUGUCCUGUGGUACAGCUCAUCAUGGGGGCUGAGGAAGAGGCAGGCCCUGGGCCUUGGGCAGAUUCAGGGGAACCCGACUGCUUUGUAAGCGAGGCUGCUGCCUGUUAGCUGCUGCUGGACUGCUGCUUCACUGAGGAGCACUGAGUGCAAACAGGCUCAUUUCAUUUACAGAUGCAGUGUUUGAGCGUAUACAGGGCAACCAGUCUGACAGAUACAAAUCAACUCAGUUAAAGCAGCAGCAAAAAACAACAUAAGGAAAUAUUUUAGGGGAAAGGGAAAAUGAGGGUGGAGGUGUUGUUUUAGCAGACUCUUUGAAUAGGGACAACUCAUCCAAGGCAAGCAGUUCUUUUCUUCAGACAAGCUGUUACCUGAACUAAAUGAUAGCUCUGCAGCUGGCAGGGGAUCCAGGGGUGCGCGUGCAGCAGAUGGCAGCUGGGGGCUGGGGGCGCCGAGCGAGGGCCAAGGGUGCCCUCUGCCGCGCAGCUGACAACCACCAGGCAGGAGCUGCUCCCAGCACUUUCUCUUCCCUGGUACUUCUGUUCUGUGGAAAACAUAAAUAAAUAAAUAAAUAAAUAAAUAAAUAAAUAAAAGCUUUCUGAGCACAAGCUGUAUUUCAAAGAGAGAAACAGAAGAGAUGAGAGGAAUGAAAUGCGUUGUGGAGUUUGAAUGGAAAGCCAACGGAUGAGUUUUCCAUCUGAAAUUAAUCUUGCCCCUCCCAACUAUUUUAAUUGUGAAUUGGUGGAAGUUCAUUCUUUCUGGAGUGAAUGCCAAGAAGAAAAAAAAAAAAAAAAGGAGAAAAAGAAGAAAUAGUGUUUUCCCUUUUUAUUUCCUGAUUUUUCAAGUCCUGUGUAGUGUUUAAAAUAAUAAGAUCAAGGCGCUUGGUUGCUCUGAAUGUAUACGGUUAUUACAGAUGUCAAUAUCUAAACGUUUUGUAUGUACUUAAUACCAUCCUCACUUUUUGUUUCACGUUUAGGAACCUGAAAUGACUGUACCAUUUUGUAAUUAGAAAUGUAAAGAGGGGACAGUGGGUGGGAGGGUCUGUUAUUUUUAUAGCAAGAUGUUCCUUGUAUUUAGUGAGCAUUUAAAAUGGUUUUGUACUUGUCAAAAUAUACAUUCCAUCCAUUUCCAGAAGAGAAUUAUUUUUAUUUAGAGUAGUUUAUAAGCAAACCAAAAGAAAAUAAAAUAUGAUGUCCCGUUUGUACAUGGUUCAUGAACAGAGCAGAAAUAUCCUGUUUUCCAGUGAUGGCUCCAAAGUUUUUCCAACAAUGUCUCCUCUCACACACUGCACAGCCAUACCAGCAAAUGCCAAUGUUAAAAAGGGAAGGAAAAAAAAAAAAAAAAAAGAACAAAAUAAAUACCAUAUGCAUCAGCACACAGCUUACCAAAAUAAUUUCCAGUUAGGAGACAAUGUUCUGUAUCAGUGAAAUUCUCACAGGAUGAUGUCCGUCCUGCUGAGGACACUGGGAGCGGCUCUGCUUCAGCCCUGCUCCUGCUCCACGGGGCUGACAGCCCGAGGAAGCUGGGGGGACGUGGCAGGGUUGUUGCGCACAUGCAUGCACACACACGUGUGAACUCACUCGCACACUGCAUCUUCUGUUGUCUGCAGGUCCGUCAGGACUGGGGCCUAUUCUUAGCUGAAGCUCUUGCUGGUACUGCAGGCGCUUUCUGUAGCCUGACCGUGUUGUGCUGUUUUUGACAGUGGAAACUGCCCUUCAGCUCCACGAAUACAAUAAAGUUCCUUUCUUCAGGUUGCUACACUUUGGUGUAGGAAACACCUAGAGAAAGACAACGGCAAAAUCAUCUUGUAGCAUUUGUAUAGGCAGUUCUUUUCCUUAGUUAGCUUUUUUUCCUGCUACCUGUGAAUUCACUGCCAAAACAGAGCAGUAGCAGUUUGUGAAGCAAGCCUUUUUUUCUAGCAUUACUUUCUGUACAGCACUGCACAUAUAGUUUAACUCUUUGCUGAUACUUUGUAAUGUGUACAUCUUCCCUUUCAAUGCACUUUAUCUCUUGAAAAAUGUGGAAGUCAGAGAGCUACCACCUUAAAGGGAUUUGCCUGAAAUCAUGGGGCACACACUUUUUUUUUUUUUUUUCAUCUUGCUUUGUUACAUACUGUAAAUGCUAAAGAGCAUGGACAGUGACUCAGCUGGGGGAAGUACCAAAAUGCUAAGGCUAAUAUUUGAAGCGUUAUUCAGUAGUACAACACGGCUAUUUUUGUUAUAUAGAAGAUUAUAAUGUAAAUAUGUGAGACUGUGUUAUUAUGUACUAGUAAAAUAUUGCAACUAUCAAAGUUAAGAUUGUGAAUUCUGAGGAAUUUUAUUGCAAGUUUUUUAAUAAAACGAAUCUGAUUACUGUG